AUGGAGAUCUUUAUUUGGCAAGCUGUGCUCAGGAUUGUCUGAUAAGGAUCUGGAAGAUGCAUGCAACUUCAUUGUUUGGGGAAAUCCAAGAUGAGAACAUUAUUACGUUGAAAGAGAAUGUUUUCACCAUAAAAAAUUGCAAUGGUGUAGAUAAAUCCUUUGCAGUUACCUUGGAUUCAGUGCUAGCUGGCCAUGAAAAUUGGGUCUAUGGAGUUCAUUGGCAGCCACCAUAUUUCAAAGAUGGGAGGAUGGAACAGCCAAUGAGGUUACUAUCUGCUUCAAUGGACAAAACAGUGAUCCUGUGGUCUCCAGAUGAUGAAUCUGGAAUGUGGUUGGAACAGGUCCGAAUGGGAGAAGUGGGAGGAAAUACGCUGGGAUUCUUUGACUGUCAGUUCAGCCCAGACGGAUCGAUGAUUCUUGCCCAUGCUUUCCACGGAGCCCUUCAUCUUUGGAAACAGACUUCUGCAAACAAGAGCGAAUGGACUCCAGAAGUGAUGAUUUCAGGACAUUUUAAUUGCGUCCAAGAUGUGACGUGGGAUCCAGAGGGAGACUUUAUAAUUUCUGUUGGUUCUGACCAAACCACAAGGAUAUUCGCUCCGUGGAAAAGAGAGAACAACCCAGAGGUGUCAUGGCAUGAAAUAGCGAGACCCCAAGUCCAUGGGUACGAUAUGCAGUGUAUAGCAUUGACAGCACGAUUUCAGUUUAUAUCUGGAGCAGAUGAGAAAGUGCUUCGCGUGUUUACCGCACCUAGAAAUUUCAUUGAGAACUUCAGCAGUAUUUCUGGAACAUCUCUGGAGAAAUUAUAUUCCGGUCAAAUGGUGGAUCUUCCAGAAGGGGCUACUGUACCAGCCUUAGGCUUAUCUAAUAAGGCUGUCUUUGAAGCUGCAGAUACAACAGCUCAAACAAUUGAAGAAGGAAAUCUCAGCAAUGCUUCCAGACAGUACCGUGAAAAUUACUUUCAGCCGUGUAGUCUUUCAGAACCUCCCACGGAAGAUCACCUCUUGCAGAAUACACUGUGGCCCGAAACUCAAAAGUUAUAUGGACAUGGUUAUGAAAUAUUUUGUGUUGCCUGCAAUAAUGCAGGCACUGUGAUAGCCUCUGCAUGUAAGGCUUCUAAAAAAGAAUAUGCUGCCAUUAUUUUGUGGAGCACCACAACUUGGAAACAAUUCCAGAGCUUACCUUUCCACAAUCUGACCGUGACACAGAUGUCUUUUUCCCCAAAUGAUAAAUUCUUGCUAGCAGUUUCAAGAGACAGGAAUUGGUCACUUUGGAAAUCGAAUCGUAUCACUCUAACAGAAUCAGAACCAGCUUUCAGCCUCUUUGCAGCCACAGGAAAGAACAUUGCUGUGCAUAGUCGUAUCAUUUGGACCUGUGAUUGGACUCCAGAUAGCAAUUAUUUUAUUACUGGAAGCAGGGACAAAAAGGCCGUCAUCUGGGGUAAAUGUUCAGCAGAGGAGAAUCGAGAUCAGGAUUUGGCCCUGAUCCAGCCUUGUUCAACAGUUCUGGAUGUUGGUGAUUCGGUCACUGCAAUUGGUGCUAGUUAUACACUAGCUUCUGAUGGGAGCCAAAGCCAUACCCUUGCUGUCAAACGACUGCAGUGGAGAAAGCGUGUGGGCCGAGCGGGGCAGGACACAGCCGAGAGCAGCGAGUGGCUGCAGCUGGUGGGCUGCGGGGCGGAUCACUGUGUGAAGAUCUUCAACAUCAACCGGCACAGCCUUUAAAGGAUGACUUUGAGCCAGACAUUCUCUACUUGCCUACCAGCCAUUUCCUGAACUGAUUUUCUUAAAAAGAAGCAAAAAUUGGACUUCCAGCUCUUUGGGCAAUGCAAUCUUGACACAAGUAUGAACUGAACUUACAUACUGAAGCAGUUUGAGAAGUGAUAUAUGGGCAUAUUGGUUCUGUACAAACAAGUUUUUAUUGUGUGCUUAGCAGUAGCCAUUUGUCGUAGAAGGUCCCUCUGUAAUCCAUAUACACCUAGAACGGAGGUCAAACUGGGAG